AUGGCAAAAGCACUCUCUAACAAACUGUUCUUUAUCUUCUCUGCUAUUCACGUUCUUGGGAGUGCAGUACUUUUGCCAGUGGCAGUAGUGGAAGGGGCCUGGUGCGUGGCAAGAAGUGACGCAAGUAGCCAAGCCUUGCAAACUGCACUUGACUAUGCAUGUGGUUCUGGCGCUGACUGUUCUCCGAUACUGUCUGAUGGCCUGUGUUUCCUGCCGAACACAAUUCAGGGUCAUGCUUCCUAUGCAUUCAAUAGCUACUUUCAAAGGAAAGGAAUGGCUGCUGGCUCUUGUGACUUUUCUGGCACUGCUAGUAUUGCAAAAACCGACCCCAGUUAUGGAUCUUGUGUGUAUCCAUCUUCUCUAAGGCAAAAUGUGAGCUGUAAGGCUGCUAGCCUUGUGAAUCUUUUCCUAGGGAACAAACUCAUUGCAUGUCAUGUCAGAAAUUGUUCUCUUGUUUUAGAUCUUGUGACAGAUAGCGCUGCCGGAGGGACAGGUACAACACCAACAAGCACAAACCCCAACAUACAAACUCCGAUGACUGGUGAUGGAACCACUGGUCUGAACCCUGGAACGCCCCCCUGCCGGACAAUUCCAAAGCUUCUUUAG